AUGGCACGAAAGAAAAACAAAGGAAAGAAACAGGAUGCAGCUGUGAAUAAGCCGAAAGCACCAAAACCAAAGUCUUCCGGUGCCAGACGAGCAUCCAGCUCGACCGCAAUCAGCAGAAUCAACACGCGUUUACCCAACGAACUUUUAGCCUACAUCUUUGCUACUGCAAUUCUCAGCCUACUUCCAAGAGAGCACAGGUCCUUUCUUGCUCUAGUGUGCAGCAUCUGUCGCCGUUGGCGGGAUGUUGCUAUCGAGGCAUCCGAGCUUUGGACCACCAUUUACAUACAUAGUCAAAAUCAUAUACCAGCUGCCGAACUCUUCCUUGAACGAUCAAUGAUGCGACUUCUGGACGUUGACGUCCAAGUCUCCUUUGAUGCUAGGUUCCGGAGGACUCCGGCAGCUUUCAAUCGUCAAUCUGGGCUUCGAGUUGCGGAGAUGACGUCGGUCCAUCUUGGGCGUACGAGGACACUCUCCUUGAGUAUCAGCGACGUGCAGGGCGCUGAAAAUUUUUCAGUAUUGAUGGUCGUCGAGCGCUCCCCCCCCUUACUUGAUUCCAUUUGCUCAUUCCGGAGCGAAGGCUUAUCUUCGAACGCAUCCUCGAGCGCCAGCCUUACGAGACUCGAGCUUACAUCUCUUCACCCUAAACAUGAGGAUAUGCGGAAUGUAUUUACGCACUGCCCAUAUCUCGAAACACUCAUCCUGCCGAAAUUUGGUCAGAGCUUGGGGGGAAGUCAGGGUGAGAAUCGAUCGAUUAUAUUAGCUCCCAGCUCGUUGCGUUCGCUCGCAGUUCACCUUGACCGUACCCAUGUCAAGUCUUCGCACGUGGCAAACUCGUCUAACUGCCCAUGUGUCCUUGGCUCUCUUCGCUCGCCGAACCUUGAAUAUCUCGAGGUUCUAGGCGACUCCUCCUCCUUCAAUGUUAAUCUCCGUAGCCAUUUUAAGGACCUGCCAAAGUUGAAAACGCUGCGUUUACAGCGUUGUUCUGUGCCAUCUAUCGAUAAUGAUUUUUUCCUCUCUUUGAAGAUGUUAAAUCGUUUGGAAAUAGUGGACAACUUUAAAAAUGUGAAGUGGUCUACAAAAUCUUCACGCAAAAAAGUGUCCUCACCAUUUCCUCUCCUGUCGUCUCUGUUACUUAGUGACACGUCAAGCAGGUGUUCCGACCUGUCUCAGUGGGCACGCCUAGCACGGCUAGCCAUCCAAAGUUAUGGAUGUACCCAAUUCUCUAUCGAAGUAACGUCAGGACUUCAUCGUAGCAUGUCGCGUAUCCUUGGACCUCGAGAUGGGUGUAUUCACGUCGAAGCUAAGGAUCAUGCUCAGGCUCGCGGCUUGAUCUAUCCCCUUCCCAGUGUUCCCACAGAAAAUUCUUUGGACUGGUCGGAUGACGAAGAUUAUUACAAUUUUAACGAUUUUACUAUUGACACCGACUACGGUUUUGAUUCGUCCGACUAUGACAACCAGAUGGAGUAUUUAGCUGGGUUGUGA